AUGGUGGUUUUGAGCCGUGUGGGGUCGCCGACGAUGUCAGCGACGGUGGCCGGCAACCAGCAACAGCAGCACCCCCAUCAAGAAUGGGACAUCAACGACUCGAACGUUCCUAGGGUGGUGGAGUACGAUCCGUGGUGCGAAUGGGCGGACGGGCACGUAAGAAGGGUUUACGGGCCGGAUUGCGAAGAGGCGAGGAGGCACGCCUCCGGUUGGGCAAUGAGGAACACAAACAACCACAAUGUGAGCAUUUUGAAGAAAUCGUGUCUCGGUGUCCUUGUAUGCUCCCAAGAGUGCAUUCUACCUGGCGGCGGAAGGGUUCACCUUCGACCGGCCAUUUGUGAUAAGGCGAGAAAGAAGCAACAAGGAAAACCGUGUCCCAACAGACAAUGCACAGGUCGGUUGGAGAUACUUUCGUGUCGUGGCCAUUGCGGUUACCCCGUGACGCAUUUCUGGCGGCACACGGAGCACGCGAUAUUCUUCCAAGCGAAAGGACAACACGACCAUCCGCGGCCGGAAGCGAAAUCCACGUCCGAGGCGAGACGGAGCGUGGGUGCCGGUAGAAGGGUGCGGGGACUCGCGGUUCUUUUGGCCAGCGAGGCUGCCUUGGGCUCAAAAUUAAUGUCACUAAGAGGAACAAAAAGGCCAAGCUCAGAGGCAAUCGAACAACCGGCCCGGACUACACAACCGCCACCACUGAUCUCGGACAAAGGAUAUUCAUGUUCUUGUCCGCCGUUCGAGUGCAUGUGCGGCCUACAAACGAACAUUUCAUCCUAUCAACAGUCUCAUCACCAUCAGACAACGAUGUUCCCUCAGCAAACGACCACGAACGACACCCCUUACUGGUUACCAGAGCCAGUACAACCUGCGGAAAAUACCCUGGGUUACAAUCUACCGAAUCAAGUUCCUCAAGAAGCUUCGUACCCAGACUUUCCGUCGUUCACCGGUGAACUGUUCCAACCGGAAGAGAUCUUCCAGCUGGACCAACCGUUACGACCAGAAUUCCCCAUGAACUCCCAAGAUGUAGCCAGAUCACCGCCUACUUUGCUCGAUCUCGGAAGCGGUACCAUCAAAUACGAAAUGAAACAGCAUCAAGAUCAAGCCUACUGGAACCAAUUUCUCAGCGAAGACUCCAGUAGCAGUCACCUUAGCUUGCCCCAAGACGACAGGCUACAGUUCCCCGGUUUCGAGACUGACAAAGACUCCAAUGGAUUCUGCGAAAAGAGACCCACGAACCAUUUCGUCCCGGACAAGGAGAUCAACCAGAAUCAUCUGAACAACGCGUUGAACUUCCAGGACUACCAACGCAACCAAAACCACAAGAGCUUCGUGGACGGUACAAUAAAGAACGCUCAACAGUCAAAUUACUGGAACCACCAGGACGACCGUUUGAAUUUUCCCGCGUACGAUCCUCAGAAGGAAGAAGACCUGCUGACCUCCAGAAGGGACGCGAACUGUUUCUCCAAAGACAGCUGUCAACCAGGUCUGAUGGAUACCUACAAUAUGUACCCCAAAAAGCAGAACGGAAUGAUCGAAGCUGUCCGUCCUAGUCGUAGUCCUAUAGAGAACAAACAGUACGCUUACGAUAAUUACAACCAAAUGUUCGAGCACUCGGAGUCCAAGAAUCACAUGAACAGUCGUUGCCAUCAGAAUUCCAACCGGAUGGUUCUGGACGAAAGACUGCAGGGCAAUUAUGGGAAUCACGAGACUCCCGAUGCCACCGAAAGACUGUUCCCGGAAGCUAGCGGUCUGGACACUUCGAUCCAGUCGCAGAACAGCUCAGAAUCGUUCUUCUACCCCAGCAACGAUCGCUGUCACUACACCUGCGAAGUUCUGGACACGAGGCUGCCGCAGAUGGGGAUGAACGCAGCGAACACGCAGACGGGAAUGAACAAUUACGGCGACGUGAGCGAACUCGAUCUACCGCCCUUCGUAGAUUACACCCUCGUGGGGAUGCUCUGUAGCUCCAUGGACGAGGACACGACGAACCUGUUACCCGGCUGCCCACAAAACACGCAGACUUACGUUCCUCAUCACUAG